AUGCGCAUAGACGGAGGGGCGAGAAGCGGGUGGGACGGCGGGCGGCAGCGCUUUAAAAGCGGACUCUCCUCGUCUUCCUCUCUCUCCCUCCUUCACCUCACUUGCUCCUUCCCUCAACCUCUUCCCCUCUCCUCACCCCGCCAUCCUCCUACUCGUCCUCCUCCGCUUCACCCUUCUCUCGCACCCCUCCCUCCCUCCCCUUCACCCUCCGACUCCUCGUCGAGCGCCUCUCUUCCUCGUCGACGUCCUCCACGCCGCCCUCCAAGCCGGACUCGGGCGUCAACCGCCUCCGAGGUUCGUCAGCACUGGGCGAGCAGGAUGGACGUUGUCGUUGAGGCGAUCCGGCGGACGAGUCGGUCUCUCGACCACCUUCGCCUUCGCAAGGCCGAUGCCGCUGAGCUGCUACGGGACCGCAAAGCUCCUCCACCUACGACGUCGCCCGCUCGCGUUGGCGGCCUCAAGACGGCCAGGGAGGUCGAGCCUUCGCGUCGCAGCUAG